GAGGCCCAGAUCUGUCUGCCGCAGGAGAAGCGAGAAAGUGCGCCUUGCUGGGGAGUAGGGGAGGCCCUUCUCCCCUGGGAUGGUUUUUAUGGGGAAAGGCAGUUUUAGAGAAAUGGGGGGAGGAAGGAGGAACCCGUAUAGCGGGUAAAACGGGUGUAGGAUGGGGGAAGGCAUCUCCACAAACCUUGGGGACCUCACAGUGAAGGAUCUGUGGAGGCCAGGGGUGCUGCAGAUAGAAGGAAAUAAUGAGGUUGUGGGCUUCUUCGUUAAAGGGAGUCUUUUUUUGGUACAAAAAUUAGAAGUUACACCUAAUUUGGUAGUUUCCCUCUCAGCCCCGUCUGCCAUGGUUCACUAAGUCCUUUAAAAUAUGAUAGAGUAACCGAGGCAACCUGUUUACUGUAGUAGAUGCUAACUGCCAAGAUUUAGCAACUGUUGCUGUCAAUUAGCUUUUGUGCCUCGACAGAGACAAGAGAUGGGUUUUUCUCAUUAUUUCAUUUUCUUUAGCAGCUUGCUUCCAAAAAGAAUUUGAGGCUGAUGAAUAGUUUAAGAAAGAGUCGGCUAAAUUACAGAUGUCUUCCCUCAGACAUAAAUACCAAUUGAGUUUUGUACGUUUUUCCAUCAGAAGUCGGCUGUUGAAAAUUAAUAGCCCGUAUUAUUGUGCUUCUGAUUGUGCUUGCAUGUUUUCUAAGUGAUGAUUUAUUGGACCAUAAAGGAAUUUAAAAGAUUGAUAAGUAACACUUUCUUAAGAAUCUGCUGAACAUUUUCAAAUGUAAGGUCUAAAAGUUUUCUUUAAAAAUUUAGUCCCAAAAUUGACCUUUAUGCUCUUUCUGAAUCAUAACAAAAUAUCUUAAAUUAAUUCGUUGUCUUUCCUACUUCUAAGCCAGUUGUGAGAUUAAUGUUUAUAAAACAUGUGGACAGUUAUAAUCUAAUAGAAUUAUUUUACAAUUUUAAAACAACAUAUAAAUUGUUAUAGUAGAUUUAAGAGUAGGGCAGAUCACAGAAGAGACAAAGUCAGCAUGCCUCUGUUAGGCCCCUCCUCAUCAGAGAAGAUCAGAGCUAGUAGGUGCAAAAUAAGGCCAGUUGUUUCUUCAUCCACAACUACAGUGGGGGAAGAGGAGGAACACUCUCCUGAGUAAGGUAUCCUCCCUAACUCAUCUCUAGAUGGGAUAUUUUUAUGUUUAUCAGAGGUGGUUGAACAGCUUUAGGGAAUGCAUGCUUUCUCCAGCUCCCCACCAUCAAGAAUAUGUUGAAUAUAGUUUGGAAAGAUUUAUUCAUAUAUUCCAAAAUUUACAAGUGUGCAAUUUGAAGAAUGCAUGAUGUUUGAGACACCUGAAAAUGCAUUGCUGGGACAAGUAGGUAAUGACUGAGAAUCUGACAUGCAUUAGAAACAUAUUAAUCACAUUUUAAAAAUUAUUUUUAGAUGGUCUAGGUAGCCCUCUGAAAUCAGUCUUAACUAGGCAAGAUGAAGAUGGCAUAUCUGAAAUAGAAUUGAAAAUUGAGGAAAAAGAAGUUUUAAAAGAACCUCCUAGCAUCUUGGACUCAUCUGAUUGAACAAGAGAGAGACACAUCUCGAUUCAAAGGCAGCUUGCUGAUCUAGAGAAGUUAGCUUUCGUAACUGAAGGGGAUUUUGACUCUGCCAGUUCGCUGAACUCAGAUAAUCUUGAUGCAGGAAACAAACAGGCUUGUCCAUUGUGCCCCAAGGAAAAAUUCAGAGCUUGUAAUAGUCAUAAGCUUCAUCGUCACCUUCAAAAUUUACACUGGAAAGUCUCAGUUGAAUUUGAAGGUUACAGGAUGUGCAUCUGUCACUUACCUUGUCGACCAGUGAAACCAAACAUUAUUGGAGAACAGAUAUCCAGUAAAAUGGGAGCCCAUUAUCAUUGUAUUAUUUGUUCAGCAACAAUCACCAGAAGGACGGAUAUGCUAGGACAUGUUAGGCGCCAUGUGAAUAAAGGAGAGACUAAAUCCACGUAUAUUGCUGCUUCUGCUGCCAAACCACCUAAUGAAAUUUUGAAAGAGGCAGACACAGAUGUACAAGUUUGUCCCAACUAUUCUGUACCUCAGAAAACAGAUUCCUAUUUUAAUCCCAAAAUGAAACUAAAUCGGCAGCUAAUAUUCUGUACACUGGCUGCUUUGGCUAAGGAACGAAAACCUUUGGAAUGUCUAGAUGCCUUUGGAGCUACUGGGAUAAUGGGAUUACAAUGGGCAAAACACCUUGGAAAUGCAGUCAAGGUUACAAUUAAUGAUUUGAAUGAAAACUCUGUGACGUUGAUUCAGGAGAACUGCCAUUUAAACAAAUUGAAAGUGGUGGUGGACAGUAAGGAAAAGGAAGAGAGUGAUGAUAUUCCUGAAGAAGGAGAGGAAAACUUUGGUAAUAUUAAGGUGACCAAAAUGGAUGCCAAUGUACUGAUGCAUUUGAGAUCUUUUGAUUUCAUACACCUAGACCCUUUUGGAACAUCUGUGAACUAUCUUGAUUCUGCAUUCAGAAAUAUAAGAAACCUUGGCAUAGUGUCAGUGACUUCUACAGAUAUCAGUUCUUUAUAUGCCAAGGCACAACAUGUUGCCCGGCGUCACUACGGCUGUAACAUUGUCCGAACUGAAUAUUACAAGGAGCUAGCAGCCAGAAUUGUUGUAGCUGCAGUGGCAAGAGCUGCAGCCCGAUGUAACAAAGGCAUAGAAGUACUGUUUGCAGUGGCUCUGGAACAUUUUGUAUUGGUUGUUGUGAGAGUUUUGAGGGGGCCUACUUCUGCAGAUGAAACAGCCAAGAAGAUUCAGUACCUAAUCCAUUGUCAGUGGUGUGAAGAGAGAAUUUUUCAGAAGGAUGGUAAUAUGGUAGAAGAAAACCCAUAUAGACAGCUACCCUGUAACUGUCAUGGAAGCAUGCCUGGAAAGACAGCAAUAGAACUUGGACCUCUAUGGUCAAGUUCCCUUUUCAAUACUGGAUUCCUCAAAAGAAUGCUAUUUGAAUCUCUUCACCAUGGUUUAGAUGACAUUCAGGCCCUAAUAAAGACAUUAAUCUUUGAGUCAGAGUGUACUCCUCAAAGUCAGUUUUCAGUUCAUGCACCUUCAAAUCUCAACAAGCAAGAAGAAUAUGGUGUAUUUAUUAAAACUACAGAUGAUACCACAACAGAUAAUUACAUUGCACAAGGAAAGAGAAGAAGUAACGAAACAACCACAAAUUUAGCCAAGAGGCAAAAGACUGAUGUCAAUACUGAACAUCCUCCCUUUUAUUACAACGUCCACAGACACAGCAUUAAAGGAAUGAAUAUGCCAAAGUUAAAAAAGUUUUUGUGCUGUCUUUCUCAAGCAGGCUUUCGAGUAAGCCGAACUCAUUUUGACCCGAUGGGUGUCCGUACAGAUGCACCUCUAAUGCAGUUUAAAUCUAUCCUUUUAAAGUACAGCACCCCCACCUACACUGGAGGACAGUCAGAGGGCCAUGUCCAACCAGCGUCCGAAGAUACAGUAGCCGACAGGGUUGAAAUGUCAGUGAAUGACAAAGCAGAAGCAAGUGGCUGCAGAAGAUGGUAAAUGUAAAAGAAGUUUGUUCCCAGAUGUCUGUGUUGAUGGCCUAAUAGUUCUCUAUAUCAACUGUAGUGCUUUUUCUAUUCUUUCAAUUCAGUUGUGUAAAAAUAAAAAAAACAGUGCUGUUUUCAUUCAGAAAAUUAGCAGUUUCUAACUUAGCUGGUUUGGGAGCUAUGCUUUCCAAGUUUUUCUUAUUUUAAAGAAAACUUAAAAUUUUAAUGAAAACAUUUCAUGUGAAGCCAAGUUUGUGACUGAGAUCACCCUACUGUUUAAUACUCAGAAAAUUUUCACAUGCAAGGUGUUUGGAAUUUUAUGUAUGUCAUGGAAGCCAUCCUUUACUAUACUUAAUCACAUCUAUACUUAAACUGAUUCAUGAUAUUUAUGUUUUUCUGUUUGUAGUGUAUAAGAUGAAGCCAGAGCCUUUUAUUAAAAUGACCCGAAAUAGAAUAGGAGGAACAAUGUCCUUUCAGGUCACUAAUAUAUUUUUUCACAAAUACAAGCUAAAAUAUAUUCCCAAUUUCAAGAAAUCAUACCUCUCCCCACAUUGAUCUUUCAUUACUAGCUUUUGAGAAAUUAAAUAGUUGCCUGAGAUAGAAAUACAUUUUCUUAUAAGUUUAAGGUCUACAUGACUAAACUUCAGAGUAAGAUUUUGUUAAGGUAAAUUGAGACCACUGUUCUUAUAUAGUGAUUGUUCGCAAGCACUAAAUUCUGAAGAGGAGAGAUUUUGUUAUGAAUUAAACAAACUGGGUGAUCUCAAGUGCCUCAGUUAAUGCACGUACAAUAUUCAUUUGCUUGGUUGUCUACCUCUCAGGAGUAAAACUUGUCACCUUAUGACUUUAUGAAGUGAGGAUUUUCUUGUUUUUAGGUGUGUGUAUGUGCUAAUUUUUUGUACAAGUAGCUCAGGCUAACAUGACUGAAAAUUAGUUGGAAAAAAAAAUCUCAUUUCCAUUAAUAAAUAUUGUUCUUGCUUCAUUUGAAUAUAAGACUUUGGAUGAAAAGAUAUACCAAAAAUUUACAUUUUUGUCUCAAGGAUUUAAUACAUAUUUACCUUGUUAGAGGAAGUAACUUUUUACAAGCAGUAAGCUUAAGAAUUGAGGGAGAGUAACAACUGAAAGGUUUAAAUACACCAUGUAAGCACUCCUAUGACAUAUAUAGAAAUUCAGGGAGUCUAGGUUACAUUAACAUAGAAUAUUAACUUAGAGGAAAUAAAAGAAAAUCUCUUUGUGUUAUUACAGCAUAGUCCUAGAAGGAUGCUUUUUCUCAUCUCCAAUUAAUAGAAUUUUAGUAAAAUAAAGGAACAGGUGAAGUGCAAGUUAGUCUC